GCAUGAGCCCUGCUCGGCUCCGGCGCGUCUAUUAUGCUGCCGGGGCCGGCGAGCCAAAGAGGAGCCGGCCGCGCGGGCCGGGAGGGGACGGCCGCCGGAGCCGCCGAGGCCAAGUGCUGCCCGCUUGGGCCCAGAGAUGGGAUGUCACGCCUCCGCGGGGAGCACGGAGGAAGCCAGGGCCCGUCCGAGCCGCUGCAGUGACGGCCAGUGAGCCAGCCGCCGGAGGAUGUCCACCACGACGACGGUCGCCCCCGCGGGGAUCCCGGCCACCCCGGGCCCCGUGAACCCGCCCCCCCCGGAGGUCUCCAACCCGGCCAAGCCGGGCCGCAAGACCAACCAGCUGCAGUACAUGCAGAACGUGGUGGUCAAGACGCUCUGGAAGCACCAGUUCGCCUGGCCCUUCUACCAGCCCGUGGACGCCAUCAAGCUCAACCUGCCCGAUUAUCACAAGAUAAUAAAAAACCCAAUGGACAUGGGAACUAUUAAGAAGAGACUAGAGAAUAAUUAUUAUUGGAGCGCCAGUGAAUGUAUGCAGGACUUCAACACCAUGUUUACAAAUUGUUACAUUUACAACAAGCCCACAGAUGACAUAGUGCUAAUGGCCCAAGCCUUAGAGAAAAUUUUUCUGCAGAAAGUGGCCCAGAUGCCCCAGGAGGAAGUCGAGUUAUUACCCCCUGCUCCAAAGGGCAAAGGCCGGAAGCCAGCUUCGGGAACCCAGAGCGCAGGUACGCAGCAGGUGGCGGCUGUGUCCUCUGUCUCCCCAGCAACCCCCUUCCAGAGCGUCCCCCCCACCGUCUCCCAGACGCCCGUCAUUGCCGCCACCCCCGUGCCAACCAUCACCGCAAACGUCACGUCUGUGCCUGUCCCCCCGACUGCCGCCCCGCCUCCUCCCGCGACACCCGUCAUCCCCGUGGUCCCCCCCACGCCGCCCGUCGUCAAGAAGAAGGGCGUGAAGCGGAAAGCAGACACCACCACGCCCACGACGUCCGCCAUCACCGCCAGCCGCAGCGAGUCGCCCCCGCCGCUGUCGGACCCCAAGCAGGCCAAGGUGGUGGCGCGGCGGGAGAGCGGGGGCCGUCCCAUCAAGCCGCCCAAGAAGGACCUGGAGGACGGCGAGGUGCCCCAGCACGCGGGCAAGAAGGGCCGGCUCUCGGAGCACCUGCGGCACUGCGACAGCAUCCUCAGGGAGAUGCUGUCCAAGAAGCACGCGGCCUACGCCUGGCCCUUCUACAAGCCGGUGGACGCCGAGGCCCUGGAGCUGCACGACUACCACGAUAUCAUCAAGCACCCCAUGGACCUGAGCACCGUCAAGAAGAAGAUGGACAGCCGCGAGUACCCAGACGCCCAGGGCUUCGCGGCCGACAUCCGGCUCAUGUUCUCCAACUGCUACAAAUACAACCCCCCAGACCACGAGGUGGUGGCCAUGGCCAGGAAGCUGCAGGACGUGUUCGAGAUGCGGUUUGCCAAGAUGCCGGAUGAGCCGGUGGAGGCGCCCGCGUUGCCUGCCCCGGCCGCGCCUGUGGUCAGCAAGGGCACAGAGAGCAGCCGCAGCAGCGAGGAGAGCUCCUCAGACUCUGGCAGCUCGGACUCGGAGGAGGAACGGGCCACGAGGCUGGCGGAACUGCAGGAGCAGCUGAAGGCCGUGCACGAGCAGCUGGCCGCCCUGUCUCAGGCCCCAGUGAACAAGCCAAAGAGGAAGAAGGAGAAGAAGGAGAAGAAGAAGAAGGACAAGGACAAGGACAAGGACAAGGAGCGGCACAAGGCCAAGUCCGAGGAGGAGAAGAAGGCCAAGGCGGCCCCGCCCGCCAAGCAGGCCCAGCAGAAGAAGGCGCCCGCCAAGAAGGCCAACAGCACGACUGCGGCCGGCAGACAGCCGAAGAAGGGCAGCAAGCAGGCGUCGGCCUCCUACGACUCGGAGGAGGAGGAGGAGGGGCUGCCCAUGAGCUACGACGAGAAGCGCCAGCUGAGCCUGGACAUCAACCGGCUGCCGGGGGAGAAGCUGGGCCGGGUGGUGCACAUUAUCCAGUCGCGGGAGCCCUCGCUCAGGGACUCCAACCCCGACGAGAUCGAGAUUGACUUUGAGACUCUGAAACCCACCACUUUGCGGGAACUAGAGAGAUACGUCAAGGCUUGUUUACAGAAAAAGCAAAGGAAGCCGCUCUCAACAAGCGGGAAGAAGCAGGCGGCCAAAUCCAAGGAGGAGCUGGCUCAGGAAAAGAAGAAGGAGCUCGAGAGGCGGCUGCAGGACGUCAGCGGGCAGCUGAGCAACAGCAAGAAGCCUGCCAAGAGAGAGAAAUCAGGCUUGGCGCCCUCGGGAGGCCCGUCCCGCCUCAGCAGCAGCAGCUCCUCCGAGUCCGGGAGCAGCAGUUCCAGCGGCUCUAGCUCGGACAGCAGCGACUCGGAGUAAACCCUGGACCCUCGCCGGACGGACCACCAGCCGCGGCCGCCGCCCCCCACCCGCCGAGCCCCCGCAGCGCCCCUGUGGUUAAUAGACCACUUCGCCCCACGGUGCGCAGGUUCUCUCUGUGGCCCGGCGUCCCGCUCCCUUGCAGGUGUUGCUUUCCCAGGGCCGGGGUCGCCAUCGGGGUGUCCGUUAGGCUUUGUGAGACGCUCGAGUCUGCGUUAGGCCCUUGCCUCGCAGCCGACCUCAGCCCCGGGGAGAGGAGGACGCCUGCUCGUGCUGUAACCCGAUGACCGUAGAGAAACCCGUAAGGUGUCCCCCGAAGGGUCUGGCGAACGCCCGUUUCUCACGCCUCCCACCCCCCACCCUGGUCUGGCGCCCCAGCCGGCGUGUCUCCCGAGGGCCCGGCUCUGAAGCGGUACUGCUGGCGGCGGCCGUCGGCUCGGCAGAGGGCAUUUGUCUUGGUCUUCGGGGGCCUGGCUGACCCUCGUGUCGCAGGGCUUCCCCUCCUUCUGCAGGGGCCGAGGACAGACGCGCCGGCCCCGGAGGUGGGGGCGUGGGGGGGGGGGGCCCGGAGGGAGGGGGGCCGCGCGGAGUGUUCCAGAUCGGUGACGUCGGGGCGCUGCUGGCAGGAGCCAGCGCAGGGGCUCCGUGUGCCGCGUGCAGGUUUCCAGACACUGAACCUUUUACCUCAACUUUAAAAAAAAGGAAAAGCAGAAGAAACGAUUAAAAAAACAAAAAAACCGAAAAAACAAAACAACAACAAGAAAAAAACAAAAGGAGACUCUUUUUUUGUCAGGCUCAGCAGUUUUCUACGAGAGGCCAGCCCGGUGUGUGUCCCCAGCUCGUGCGCUCGGCCGGCGGCCGCCACACACUCCGAGCCAUCGUCCCAAGGUCGUGUAAAUAUGACAACUAUUUAUUAUCAUCAUUGGUCCUUUUUUUUUUAAAAGCAAAGAAAAACAAAACUGCAAAAGAAACGCAUUUUUUAAAAAAAGUAGCAGAGACGCAGGCCUUUUAAAUGGUUUGAAGGGGGGCCCAGAUCCUGCUGAACCGCGGGGCCCCCGCCUCCAGGUGCUACAGCCUCCUGCCUGCCGUGCGGUGCUCAGGCCGUCUGCGCGCUCGCGUGUCCCGGGUUGCUGGCGUUUGUGUUUCUGCUCUUGUGUGUGUGUGUGUGUGUGUGUGAGUGAGUGAGAGAGAGAGAGAGAGAGACCUUGGGAGACUUACGGGGUAGACGACUUCCAGCUGCAGCACAUUCUAAUUUUUUAAAAUUUUUUUUUUGUUUGUUUGUUUCUUUCGUUCUUUUGUAUUCGCUUCUGGUCUCUUUAGGACUGUUUGAAAAAUAAUUCAAUGUAGGGACCCCCAGUUAUAUAAUAUAAACUUUGUAAUCUGAGAGAAAAAAAAAAUGUAUAGUAAGUAAAUCUAAGUCUUGAUUUUUAACUUUCUAUUGUAAAAAAAUAAUAAUAAUAAUAAUAUACAGAGUUUAACAGAAGGUUAUGUUUGGGGUUUGUUUUUUUCCAGAGGCCGCCAUAUGGCCUUUGAGGGCCAGGGGUGCACCAUGCUGCCCGCCUAAGCUCUGAGCGGUGUGGUUUUGGCCAGGAAUGCCAGGGCCCAGGGUAGGGCACCCCCCCACCCCACCCCACCCCCGGUCUCUGGGGAGGGGUGUGGCCCCCAUUGCCUGGCAGGGUCUUCCAGCCGGCCGGCAGUGGCCUGGCCAGGCUCUCCCUGGCCUUCUCCCGUCUUCUGGGUGGAAGCCCCUCUGGCCCCAGCAGAGGGUUCCCUCCCCGGAGGCCACACGGGCUCCUGCUUUCCCGUUGGCACAGAAGCGGCCGGCCCCGGGCAUCCUCCAGGCCCCUCUCUGAGGACCUCGCUGGGGCGGGGUUGGGUGGAGCCCGGGUGGCGCGCUCUUCCUGCCAGCAGCAGCCGUGGGUAUCCUAGGAGGUGGCACUGUCUAAAAAUCAUAAAAUCGACUCAGAGUCCACCACCCUUCUGUCUAAAAACCAUAACAUCGACUCGAUGCCACCCACCCUUCUGGCCGAGGAUACCUUUGAUGGGUGGAGAACUCGGCCAGGCCGUGGGGAGUGGGUGACCGUUUUUCUUACUGCUGGUGAUUCUGACAUUCGGUGAGUUUUGAGCCAGUGUGGUCAACUUUUCGUUAAGUUUUGUUUAUAUGAUUUUUUUUUUAAAGUCCAUGGAUUUUAAACUUGGCGUUUUUUAAAGUCGCCCUGUUUUUAAAGGUGUUUUCUAAGCAGAUCUUUAAUGGAAUCAAGAGCCUCUGAGCGGAGCUACACACGGCAGGAGCGCGCCAGGUCCCGAAGCAGGGUGGCUCCUGGGCAGUGCAGGCGGCUGGGGGACAGACUCCAGCCGAGGGGCCCUGAGGUGCUGGGGGCUCCCCUGGGAUCAGUGGGGAGCUCGAGCCCCGGAGCUCAGCCCCGUGGGCGUUUCCUCAUCCACGGGUUCUGGCUUCUUCCAUCUGACAGACCCGCUGGCUUCGAUGCCACCGAGGGCUGGCUCCGGGCUGAGCAAUCGUGGUUCGUUGGUGCUGCAGUGUUGUCGGGGUUUCUGUCCAGACUUCCAAGCUGCUUUCGAAGUGUGUGUGGUGGGGGGAGGCGCUCCUCAGCCCCCUGAAUCCGCAGGAGGGGGGGUGUUUGCUGUCGCAUCUCUCCUCCUCGGACAGGCAGGGUGGCUCUAGGGCCGAGAGCCGGAGGCAGCCUCUCUAGGGGAAGGAACCCACAAGGGGUGGGUAGGUCGGCCUCGUGCGGGACAUGGAGAUGGCUUUGAAACACUGCUGAUCCCUGGAGGCCACGGAGCAGCCUCGGCUGUCAACCGAAUCCCAGAGACCCUGGCUCGCUCGUCUUGCUCAUAGACUGUUCAGAUCCGGUUCCUUUGUUUGCUUUUGUUCUUAUUCUUUUGCAAUUUCCACAUCUUUUGACAGUCGGGGAGGGGGGGGAAACACACCACCCACAAUAAAGGGUUCGUUCCAUCCUGGGUAGCGCUGUUCCUUAACUCUGGCAGAACGCUUCUGAGAAGGUUUCCUUUUUUAUAUUUAAAAUGUUACUUUUCUGUAUGAUGUGCAUGCGAGUUUACCGUAACUUUUCUUAAACUUUUUAGUGCCGUUUCUAGUAUAUUCCUGUAAAUGUCAGUUACUGAAAAUGAGUCCAAUGUAAGUAGUUUUAGCUUGUUUAUUGCAAUGCUGGCCUCAACACAACAGAAUAAAAAUGGUAGAAAGUAUUCUUUGAUGUUUCUGGUAAUCAUGGACCCUGCUCCUGGGGCAUUUGUUUUGUUUUCAUAAUAAAAGGAAAAAAAAAAAAAGA